AUGGCUGUGGCUCUUAUGAGUCCAAUUAUCCAAAUAACUAACAUAUCGCCAUCAUGUUCUCUUGAACAGAUACGUAUGUUAUUUGGAAACAUUGGCGUGAUUGAGGAGCUAGUUGUAUAUCCACCCGAAGGUGAUGAUUGUCCAAGCAAGGUUUGUUUUAUAAAAUUUGCGGAUGCAAUUAAUGCAGAGGUUGCAUUACACUUACAUAACACAAUGUUUCUUGAUCGGGCUUUGAUAAUUCUUCCCGUAGUGACGGAAAAUGCUACCAUUCCGGACGAAAAGUAUGCUGAACUAGUUCGAGCUCCGUUGCAUACCUCCGCUGGUAUUCAUCCCCGCUCUACUUUAUGGCCUCUCGAUGUCAUCAGCAUGGUCGUUGGUCGUCCUGGAGAGCAGGUUAUACAAACUAUAGAUCCGCGACUAUCAUCCAUGGGUUUCCCUGCUUACCCGCCAUUACCUGCUGCUACUGACUGUAAUCGAAUUGAGGAGAUUCGCCGGACAGUUCUUGUUACCAAUCUAGAUCCUAAACUUACGGGUGAACAGGUUCUUGAAUUCUUCAAUAACCACGCGGAAGUCAAGUGUGUUCGUAUGGCGGGUUCUGACGAGGAAAGGGCCGCUUAUGUUGAGUUCACUGAGCAAUCAUCUAUUGUCAAGGCCUUCGGCUUAAUGGGGAGCACACUCGGUGAUCGCCAGAUUAUGGUUCAGCAUUCCAACUGUGCUAUCAUCAAACCUAAUAGCAGUCUGGCGGGUCUUGAGGACAAUAUUAAAAAGAACAAUCCACGUAGCAGUAAUGUUAGCACAUCCGGUAGGUGA